GCGCUUUCAGCGACAGGCAGGCGUGUGUGGAUGUGCUGGACCAAACCUGAAACAUUUGUCUCUUCAACCUGUCAUCCUUCACCAGGUCAGCCGGUGGCUGAGGCGUUCUGUCAGGACACCCCUAGGAUGCCGCCCAAGAAAGUACAAAUCCAAGUGGAGGAAAAUGAAGAUGAUACCGAGGAAAGUUCAAGUGAAGAGGAAGAGGAGGAUGAAGAUAAAUUACCUCGAAGAGAGAGCAUGAGACCUAAGAGGAAACGGACCAGAGAUGUUAUUAAAGAGGAAGACUUACCACCUGAACCAGAGGAUGAAGAAACAAGGAAGGCCAGAGAAAAAGAGAGGAAGAAGAAGUUGAGGAGGGGAGCGGACGAAGAUGAUGAAAUUGAUGAAGAGGAAUUGGAAAGAUUGAAGGCAGAGUUAGAUGAGCAAAGACAAAUGAUUGCUAAUGUCAAAUGCAAGCCUUGGAAAAUGGAGAAGAAAAUUGAAGUUCUCAAGGAAGCAAAAAAAUUUGUGAGUGAGAAUGAAGGAGCUCUUGGGAAAGGAAAAGGAAAGCGGUGGUUUGCAUUUAAGAUGAUGAUGGCCAAGAAAUGGGUCAAAUUUCUCCGUGAUUUUGAGAACUUCAAAGCUGCUUGUGUCCCAUGGGAAAAUAAAAUCAAAGCAAUUGAAAGUCAGUUUGGCUCAUCGGUGGCUUCAUAUUUCCUCUUCAUGAGAUGGAUGUAUGGAGUAAAUAUGGUUCUCUUCAUUCUGACAUUUAGCCUCAUCAUGUUGCCGGAGUACCUCUGGGGUUUGCCCUAUGGCAGUUUACCUAGAAAGACAGUUCCCAGAGCUGAAGAGGCAACAGCAGCGAACUUUGGUGUGUUAUACGACUUCAACGGCCUGGCGCAGUAUUCUGUGCUCUUUUAUGGCUAUUACGACAAUCAGCGAACAAUUGGAUGGAUGAAUUUUAGGAUGCCGCUCUCCUAUUUCCUGGUGGGGAUCAGCUGCAUUGGAUACAGCUUUGUAGUUGUCCUUAAAGCAAUGACCCAAAAUAUUGGUGACGAUGGGGGUGGUGAUGACAACACCUUCAACUUCAGCUGGAAGGUGUUCACCAGCUGGGACUACCUGAUCGGCAAUCCGGAAACAGCAGACAACAAAUUCAAUUCUAUCACAAUGAACUUUAAGGAAGCCAUAAUCGAAGAAAGAGCGGCCCAAGUAGAAGAAAACAUCCAUUUGAUCAGAUUCCUGAGGUUUCUCGCUAACUUCUUCGUGUUUCUAACGCUUGCCGGGAGUGGAUACCUCAUCUUUUGGGCUGUGAAGAGAUCCCAGGAAUUUGCGCAGCAAGAUCCUGACACCCUUGGGUGGUGGGAAAAAAAUGAAAUGAACAUGGUCAUGUCCCUCCUGGGGAUGUUCUGUCCAACAUUGUUUGACUUGUUUGCUGAAUUGGAAGACUACCAUCCCCUCAUUGCUCUAAAAUGGCUACUGAUACGCAUUUUUGCUCUUCUUUUGGGCAACUUGUAUGUAUUUAUUCUUGCCUUGUUGGAUGAGAUCAACAACAAGAUUGAAGAGGAAAAGCUAGUAAGGGUCAAUAUUACCUUGUGGGAAGCCAACUUGAUCAAGGCCUACAAUGCAACACUCACUGGAAAUAGCACCGGGGCACCCUUCUACGUGCACCCUGCAGAUGUACCUCGAGGACCCUGCUGGGAAACAAUGGUGGGGCAGGAAUUUGUGCGGCUGACUGUUUCUGAUGUUUUGACCACUUACGUCACAAUCCUUAUUGGGGACUUUCUCCGGGCAUGUUUUGUAAGAUUUUGCAAUUACUGCUGGUGCUGGGAUUUAGAAUAUGGAUAUCCUUCAUAUACUGAAUUUGACAUCAGUGGCAACGUCCUUGCUCUGAUCUUCAACCAAGGCAUGAUCUGGAUGGGCUCUUUCUUUGCUCCCAGCCUCCCAGGCAUCAAUAUCCUUCGGCUCCACACAUCCAUGUACUUCCAGGGCUGGGCCGUGAUGUGUUGCAACGUCCCUGAGGCCAGAGUCUUCAAAGCUUCCAGAUCGAAUAAUUUCUACCUGGGCAUGCUCUUGCUCAUCCUCUUCCUGUCCACCAUGCCUGUCCUCUACAUGAUCGUCUCCCUCCCGCCAUCUUUUGACUGUGGCCCCUUCAGUGGCAAAAAUAGGAUGUUCGAAGUCAUCGGCGAAACACUGGAGCAUGAUUUCCCGAGCUGGAUGGCGAAGAUCUUGCGACAGCUUUCUAACCCGGGACUGGUCAUUGCUGUGGUUUUGGUUAUGGUUUUGACCAUCUAUUAUCUGAAUGCUACCGCAAAGGGCCAGAAGCAAGCCAACCUGGAUCUACAAAAGAAGAUGAAACAGCAAGCUCUGGAGAACAAACUGCGAAACAAGAAAAUGGCAGCGGCUCGAGCAGCUGCAGCUGCUGGUGGCCAGUAACUUUCACAGAUAUGUUGUGGACCCAGAAGUACUCUUCUCCUCGCUGUUUAAGGGCAGUGACUUAUGUGAAGGCACAGAGAACAAGCAUUGUGGAGUUGCUAUGCUCCUGUUUUAACCCUGAAGGAUUAUCAAGGCCAGACUGGUCAAUAAGUCAUCACCAGGCCUCCUGAGACAAGAAGGAUCUCCACCUUAAUCCACAUUAAGGAUUUGUUCCUGCACUGCCAUUUUCUCCCCUGACCCGUUUCCUUGACAUCCUUUUCUCUAACAAAUUGAAUUUAAAGGAGGAUGUGGUUCAGCAAUAUAGGUUAAUUUAGAGACCUUACGCUCAUUUCACUUUGUACAUUUCUUCUGCCUUAGUGCCCUUGGCCUGGGAGCAGGGCUACUUUAGCUUCUUUCUCCAAGUUUAGAAACAUCUUCAUUAAGUACUCACGUUAAGCGUUCCUAAACUCACUGUUUGAAACCAACCCCCUGUUUUCUCUUUUAUUUUCUGCCUGUCUCCCCACCCAUGACCCACACAUAUAUGCACCCAAGGCCUUUUUAUUUGCUGCUGGAUUUAAUAUGAAAUAAAAUGGCUGUUGUAGAAGAAAUAUCUAAGUGAAUUAGGGACCAGAUCAGCACAGGGCUGAGGAAGUACAUGGGUCUUAGACAACCCAACUUUUAUGAGUAAAAAAAAAA